GACCAAUACUACUAAAACUUUAAAAUGGAAAGCAAAAAGCUUGGUUUUGGAAUCGAUUUCAUUCUCUCUGAAGAAUGCGGACAAAAAGAUUGCAAAGAUUUUGAUGAUUCUCUCUCCAGUUUCAGCUACGGAGAUCGAUCCCACUCCGAGUCUCCAGAUUUGGACAGAACCUCCAGUGUGUCUCCUCCCGUUGAUCGGAGCUCCUUAUCUCCUCCAUCCUACCCCUUCAUGCCUCCCUUCCUCCAGUAUCAGCUACUGAACAAUCUCCAGGCCUCAAGGAUGCCCCAGCUACCUCUAAAGUGUACCCUGAGAAAGCAUAGAUCUGAUCGUAAGCCUAGAACUCCGUUCAGCAGUUCUCAAUUAAAUCAACUAGAGAAGAAAUAUAUUGAGAAGAGUUAUCUCUCUAUUGCUGAGAGAGCAGAGUUUGCUGAGAGUUUAGGACUCUCUGAAACCCAGGUUAAAAUCUGGUUCCAGAACAGACGAGCCAAGGCCAAGAGGUUGGUUGAGUGUGAAGUUUAUCAGAACUCUCUUCAUUCAUCAUCCAUGCAUCAUAUGCAGGGUGUCAUCCCUCCAUCCCUCAUCCCAGGACUGCUGGCUGGACGAGGACUUAAAUACUUUUAGAUACUCGUCUUCCUUUCUUCCUUUUCUUCAUCUUCUCGUCUGUGAUUUACGGCUGUUCAGAGAUUUUAUAUUUAAACAAAUUUUUAGAGAUUAAUAAUAAAUUAUAUUUUACAUAA